GCCGUUUUCAUUUUGGUAUGAUUGGAAGGAUAUCACUGAAGCUGAAAUGGAAACGUUUUUGGCAGUGAUAAUAAACAUGGGAAUUGCAAUAUUACCCGAUUUACAGUCAUAUUGGAAAAUAAGUAACUAUUUGAAUUACUUCAAUUCAAAAUUUAUGGAAUAUUUUGUUCCUAAAAAUAUAUGUGUUGAUGAGUUAACAGUUGGUUUCAACGGGGAAAUUUCCUUUAUUACCUACAGCCCGAAAAAGCCAACGAAAUGGAAUUUACGUGUGUAUGUUCUUCCGGAUUUUAAAAACAGUUAUGUUUAUUCCUUCGUCCCAUACUAUGGAAAACUCAUUCAUCCAGAAUUUCAGUUCACUAACAGAAUUGUAUUACAACAGUAUCAAAAUUUAUUGGAAAAUAUACAUGAGGCCAAGGGAUAUCAUAUUUUCACUGACAGAUUUUACACCAGUCCUGCGUUGGCAACAUCAAAAUUUAGAACAGAUUGUACAAAAAAAAAAAAAAAAAAUGCUUGGGACGAUAAUGCC